UGGCCGCUUUUCCGUUCCUCCUGCUGCUCCCGCGCCGAAAGCCAGACCGACCGGGGGUCCGUUCAGUCUCGUUUCAGUCAUCCUCACGCGCGCGUACACGCGCAACAUCGCGGAGAAGGCGCACCGGCUGCUACGCACGCUUGUUUACGUCUCCUCUUCGCGCCGCUGUCACGCAACUCAUCCCGCCCGGCGCGCGAACGCUAACGAUCGCGCUCGUUAUCGGCGGUGAUAUAUGCGCGUACGGCCGCAGGUGAAGCGGGAAAUCGAUUCGACUCGGAGGAGAGCCGCGUGGCCAGCAAAGCGGAAAUAAUGCGCGGAAGUCGUGGGACGGUCCUCGUCCUGUGCACGAUGAUCAAUUGCCUGAGAUUGGCCUCAUCCUCGCCCACUUCGACGAGCGUGAGGCUCGGCGACGAGUGCAACCGAGACCGGGAGUGCGAGGUCGGGAUCGCUAAUAGUCACUGCUACUUGGGUUAUUGCCGGUGUCAGCCCUUCUUCGCCGGCUACAAUGGAACUCAUUGUCUCGAAUCGACUUUACUGGGCAACGAUUGCCUCGUGAAGGAACAAUGCUCCUUGAAAGUGGCGAACAGCAGCUGCCUCGAGGGCGUGUGCCGAUGCGAGGAGGGACACUUGCAGUUUCGCAGGCACACCUGUUUGGGCCCGGCCAAACUCGGCGAGGUGUGCUACGAGCACGCACACUGUCGUCUCUGGGACCCCGAGUCGCAUUGCGAUUUUCUCAUUCCGGAUUUAUUCGGUCGCUGCCAAUGCACCGCCCCGAUGCGCCGCGAGGGCAACGUGUGUCGACCUGACAGUCUCGUGAGGCCCGCGCCGCUUCCGGAGCAUCUGCCUCUCACUCAGGAGCCGAUAAUAGAGGAUGUCACUGAGAGCGAACGCGAUAAGGAAGCUGUCACCGAGGGACAAAAGGGCGAGGUCGAAGGAGAGCAAGAUACAGGAGUUCAGAUAUCUUGGCUGAAGAACGCAACGAUGCUCCUGUCGACGGAAGUUCCCAAUCAAUUGAUACCGGUGAAUUUGGUGACGAGACCGUCAUUGAACUUAAGACCCGGAUCCAACAAUCGUCCCGGCCCAAACGAGCUUCCCGACGAUGACGAUGCCGUCGUUAUCGAGGCGGAAGUUACCGAGCUCGCUCAUGUCACGACAACCUCGACAACUUCCGCGCCUAUAAAGACGGACCGUCACGAGAGCACGAUAAUGACGGCCGUCAGUCUGGGGCUGCCGUGCAUCGCCGAUCUGGAGUGCCGUAUGGCCGAUCCGAAGUCGCGGUGCAUCGGCGGCGUGUGCGACUGCAGCUUCCCGACGAACGGCAGCUGCAGCGCGCGGCGGACCGGCUGCGCGCCGGGCACGUUCCAGUGCCGGUCGUCCGGUAGCUGCAUCAGCUGGUUCUUCGUCUGCGACGGCCGCGCCGAUUGCGCCGACGGUUCCGACGAGGAGUGCGCCGGUCCCCGCUGCCCGGCGCAGGCAUUCAGGUGCAACGACAGCAACGUCUGCAUCUCGAGGUCCGGGGUGUGCGACGGCAACCGCGACUGUCCUCGCGGCGAGGACGAGAUCGGCUGCAACAACCGCCGAAAGUGUCCCGAGGGUGCGUUCAGAUGCAACAACGGCCAGUGCCUGCCGGCGUACGAAUUUUGCAACGCGGUGGUCUCCUGCAGGGACGGCAGCGACGAGCCCAGGGGAGCGUGCAGGACGCACAAUCGCGGCCGAAUCACCGCGAGAUACUGUCCGUUCAGAUGCGACAACGGCAGGUGUCGUUCCGACGCGAUAACUUGCAGCGGCCGGGACGGAUGCGGCGACGGCUCCGACGAGAAACACUGCAGCGUCUGCAGAUGCGGCGCAACGAUUUAAUCUCGACCGACCGAUCUUCUCGUCGUAUCGUCCGACGGAAGGAGAAAGAGAGAGAGAGAGGGGGGGGGGGAAGAGGAGCAAACCACCAACCGGCUCGUCGAUGGUUUCGCGAAGUGAGUGCCCGAGAAUUGAGUAGACGGGCGCAAAAGUAAGUGUGACCAAAGAUCGUUAAGCCGUAUCGCGGUGACUCCGGCUUUCAACGCUCCGCGAUUUCGAGACUGAAAGGACCGUUUUUACUCGAGCCGGGUACGACUCCGGCACCCAGAACGAACACAGAGAGAAUUUUCCGUCGCGCCUCCUGCGCGAGAUCUCGCGUUAAGUCGAACCGGGCCAGUGACCGCCGCCGUAGCGAGUCGCGCUCUCAGGAGGAAUGAUUGCGCUCGUGUAAUAAUGGGACUUAAUCGCGUAUAGUAAUACCGUAAGACGGGUGUAGCUGCACCAAGGGAUAACCUUGGCCGCCCCGCGACAGAUAAAACGCGUACUCAGGACUUAUCUUGGAAAUAUUUGGCCAAUAGCUACGGACGGGAGCAAGUUCGAUAUCGAAAAUUCAACGAUCGAGUUUCAUUUUUCCACGAAUCGAGUAAUAUUCAUAAGAAAUCCUAUCUCAUGCAUUACUUGCGAGGUAAUCGAUCUCGACUAGUUAGUUUCGAAUUUUAGAUAGUGCAUUUUAACAUAUAUAUAAGAUUAAUAAUACGACUUAACAUUUAGAUAUAAAGAUAUGAUUAAUACACUGUCUUAGACAGAUAUGAAAUUGUCGAACAGUGAGCCGUGAGACUAAGUCCUGAGUACUAUUUUCAUACGUCUAACGAAUAAACGAUAAUUUUGAAAACGUUAGAUCACCCUAAGGCGGAGAUUCGAAGUUUCGAGUAUAUGCACCUUGUAUUUAGCACACGGAAGACGCAAUAUCGUAAAUAAAUUAUCAUUGAAAAGCAUAUGCACUGGCAGUUUCUAUAUGUAACAUUCAAGGGUCAGUUUCAAAGCGUCGGUCAACUGACCGAAGGUUAAUUGAUUCUCUGUCUCUUCUUAGAUAACAAAAUAGAAACAGGUAGGAAAUUGACUGAACUCUGGUUAACAGUUACCUGACGUUUGUAAAAUUGGCCCUAAGAGAUAAUCCAAAAAUAUACGUCUCAAACGUAUCGCAUUGUAUUCGAAAAAGGUUAACAGUGUUGAGACCCCGUUUCGUUCAGGAUUGGGUCUCACACGGAGAGAAUUUUCUCUCAAAAUUGAUCCUGAAAAUCAUAUAAUCGUGGGACAACACGGCAUUUCGAAGAAUUUUAUGAGAGCUUUUUGAAAUUUUACCAUACAUGUUACUAGUAUAAUUAUGCUUAGUAUAUAUUUUACUAGUAAAAUGUAUGGUAAAAUUUCAGAAAACUCUCAUAAAGUCCUUCGAAAUGCCAUGUUGCCCCACGAUUACAUAAUUUUCAGGAUAAAUUUUAAGAGAAAAAUUUCCCCGUGUAUUUGAAAGCACUGCUUUUACUUUUUGAAGUAAUCUUAAAUAAUAGACAGUCCAAAACUACGCCAAUAGAUUCGAACGUCGAUCGAUGUACUUAUAGGUACAUAGAUUGAAUAUUAUCCAGCUAAGCGUACCAAAGUGAUAAUACGUCUUCCGUUUGAAUUUCAAUGACGCACUUUAUUUAUUAACGUAAAUGUUUAAAGUCGCUCGAGAAGAAGAAUAGAUAUUGCAUAAAUGUCAGAAGUGUACAGAUAAUGUAAAAUUAUCGGGGCAACAAGACUAUAAAUGAAUUCUUUUGUACAAUUUUGUAUCGCUGACAAUGAAUUACUAUUUCGUAUAGGAUAUCUGACGCGCAUUUCGUAUAUUUAUCUUGUAAUCGACAUCGUAUCAAGACACGAAAUAAAAUGUAACUUAAUCAAUUCUAAUAAAAUAUAAAAAUCUGUUUU